GUGUAUUUAAGUGGAAAAAUAAGGCGGAAAAACACUCAUUUAGGCAGGCAGCGGUGCAAGCAUAUUAUUCUGCUGCAAAGUUUUAUGGUGACAGGUUUCAAGGCUCCUCUGUGUCUGCAAUCAUGAUCAGAUUGUUGUGCGUAGCUGUUGUUGUUGCUGGACUGGUUUCUGAAAGCAACCAGAUGACUCUAAAUGUGUCUAAUGCAGUGGAACCAGGCAAUAAUGACAGAGCUGCUCUGUUUUCACUGAAAGAAGUGAAACCAGCUGAUGAAAAAGUUUGGCCAAGCUCGUCCAUCCAAUGCUGGACUGACUGGUUUGACAGAGACAACCCCUCUGGUACCGGAGACUGGGAAAGCCUCUACAAUCUCCGCAAAGAGAACCCCGGAAAGAUCUGCCCCAAACCAGUCAAUAUAGAGGCCAGAACUCUGUCUGGGCUCAGUGUGGCUGCAGCAGGGGAUGUGAUUUAUAAAAGUGACACGACUUCAGGAUUCAUCUGCAGAAACAUGGACCAAUCCAAGAAGAUGUGCAACGACUACCGCGUUCGCUUCAGCUGCCACCCCCCCUUCUGUGGUGGAGUGUGCUGGACCAAGUGGUACGAUCGGGACAAUCCCAGCGGAACAGGGGACUGGGAGCUUUUGAGCAACCUGAAGACAGAAAACCCAGGACAGAUCUGCGGCAGCCCUCUGUUCAUCGAGGCCGUCACCACUGACACGUUGACCCCAGCCAUCUACACUGGGGAGAACUUAUUUGUAUACAAUCCAACUCAGGGGUUCGUUUGCCGCAAAAUGGACCAGAAGUCUAAGACCUGCAGGGACUACAAAGUUCGGUUUGGAUGCCCAUGUUAUUGAUCCCUGACUCCGUGACAGCGAGAAUGAUGUGAAAAGAAGAAAUUUAUUUUCUUUUCAGUUUAUUUUUUCCCCCUCUUUCUCUUACAUACCGUAUACUGCUUCUUUAAUAGGCCCCUUUUUACUGAUGUCUUCACAUUAACAGUGACUCUGUUCGGUUCAAGUGUCCCCAUAAGCUAUGUCAGUGUGACAACACCAGAAGCUGCUGGAUGUAAUUCAGCCAUCUUUGAUCUUCUUUCUAUACAUCAGUGCUUUUCCAACAAGUGUCUUUUCAUCCACCUUUUUUUUUGUCAUGAUUAUUACCUUGUUAAUGUACAACUAACAGGAGUAAAACUAAUAAUGAACAGCAAA